GAAAACGAUAUACACUGUUCUACUAUGAUUUAUGACCACUCCCUCCCUCAAACCGCAAAACAUUUAUCACCAAAACAAUGUCACAAACUGAACCAAUCCGUUUCGGCAUUCUCGGUUGCGCCGACAUAGCCCGCAAACUCUCACGCGCCAUUCUCCUCUCUUCCACCGCCACCAUCUCUGCCGUCGGCAGCCGCACUCUCUCCAAAGCAACCACCUUCGCAAAACUCAACAACUUCCCUCCCACCGCCAAAAUCUACGGCUCCUAUGAAGAAGUUCUUGAUGACCCUAAUGUUGACGCUGUUUACGUGCCGUUGCCGACUACGUUGCAUGUGAAAUGGGCGGUGGCUGCUGCGAAGAAGGGGAAGCAUGUUUUGUUAGAGAAGCCGGUGGCUGUGAGUGUGAAGGAGUUUGAUGAGAUUGUGAAGGUGUGUGAGGAGUGUGGGGUGCAGUUUAUGGAUGGGACUAUGUGGAUGCAUCAUCCUAGAACAGAGGUGAUGAAGGGGUUUUUGGAGGAUGGAGAGAAGUUUGGCAAGGUUAAAUCGAUUCACACCUGUUUUACAUUUGGUGCUGAUCCUGACUUUCUUGAGAAUGACAUCCGCGUGAAGCCGGAUCUCGACGCUCUCGGCUCUCUUGGUGACGAAGGAUGGUAUUGUGUUAGGGCAAUUCUGUGGGCUUACAACUACGAAUUACCAAAAACGGUAUUAGCCACGCGCGAACCAGUGCUUAAUAAAGCUGGAGUAUUAUUAUCUUGCGGUGCUUCUUUAUACUGGCAAGAUGGAAGAGUAGCAACAUUCUAUUGCUCUUUCUUAUCUAACCUAACAAUGGAUAUAACUGCUGUUGGGACAAAAGGAACACUUCAUGUUCAUGAUUUUAUCAUCCCUUAUGAAGAAAAGAAAGCAUCAUUUUAUGCAGCUUCAGAAUCAAGCUUUGAUGAUCUUGUCACUAAAUGGGGUUCACAGCCGAGUAAGCACGUAAUAGAAAACGAUCUACCUCAGGAGGCUCUUAUGGUAACUGAAUUUUCUCGUUUGGUGGCAGAAAUCAAAUCAAAAAACGCGAAACCUGAGAAGAAAUGGCCAACUAUUAGUAGGAAAACACAACUGAUAUUGGACGCCGUGAAGGCUUCGAUUGAUAAGGGUUUUGAGCCUGUACAGAUUCAGGAAUGAAAUUGUUUCGAAUAUAUCUUCACCCUGCCUAACUCGGAUCUUUGUUCCGUUAUUAGUGCGUCGCAAUAAGAAAAUAAUAUUUCUGGUGGAAAUGAACACUUUGUAUGUUCUUCAACUUAAAGGAGGAUGGUGAUGAAUGUAGUGAAUAACUAUUUCUAAGUUCAUUACCAGUUUCAAUAAGUGAGUAAUUUAUUGUGGAAGUUAUAUUUUGCUAUGAAAUCAAUUGAUUAAAGCAAUAAAAUAAUUGGAUGA